AUGGUACUCUUGGUUGAAAAGAUUAGCCAUUUUCUGAGAAAUCCCAACAGGCUGGAGAAUCAACAUCACAAUUCAGAAGCCCUGUUGGCUUCUACUUUGCAAGUUUUUCGGUCCGAUGUAUCGAAAAUCUUGAACAAAGUCUUGCCAAUUCCAGAGCCAGGGACAGAACCAGAAUUCCAGUUCUUGUCCCUGGCCUGGAUUCAGAAGUGCCUUGAUGCAAUUCCAAUGAUUCAUAGAGCUUUUGCAAAGCUUGUGGUGCAAAUAGACCACCCAAUAAACAUAUGGGGAAAAUCACAAGUUGAGGAGUACUUGGACUACACCUUGAAUUUGCUAGAGUUACUGAAUUCUGUGACUUCUGGUGUUUCCCAUUUGAGUCAUGCUAGGCUUUGCAUCUCUCAUGGAUUGAGCCUAAUCGAAAAGAAUUCCAAUUCUCCGGCUUUAGAGCAUUUGAAAGAGAUUCAGCCUCAUGAUCUUGGCAAGGAAUUCAAAGUUGAAGGGAAGAUUGAAGAUACUUCUUGCUCAGGAAAAGAUUUGAUCAUUCAUCGAUCUUUGUGGAUUUUGAGGAGCAUUUCUUUGUGGGUUUUUGGAGUUUUGUUAUCUGGAAUAUGCAGUGAUGUUAAACCCUACAUGGAAUUGAGGAUAUCAGCUGGUUUGUUUGAUGAAUCUUUGAUCAAAGGCUGGGAUUCUUUAUUAGCCAAAGAAAUUGCAGAAAAUUGUGGUGUUUCAAAAGAGGUGAAAGAGAUAAAUGAAGUGGUAACUAAUUUGAUAGCUGCAGUGGUUAAUGGUGAAGUUGCCAAAGAACUCAGAAUAAGAUUGGAGGAUUUAGAAGAAUUGCUGCAGACCAUUGGGAAGAAAACAAAUGAUCUCUUCACAGAAGUUCUUGGUGAAAGGAGCAAAUUCCUCGAUAGCCUUUAG